UAUGUAAAGAAGAAGAUUAAACAAUCAGAGACCAUACAAUUGCCUUCUCCAUGUAAGGUGCGAGGUCAAUGAAUCAAUUAACAAAAAGAAGAAACUUUUUUCCAAGAAAAAUAAAAAAGAAGAGUAAAGGGAUAAAAGAAAUCUUUUAGGACUCGAAAAAGAGAGCUGAAACAAAAGUUGAUUUCAGAAAGCAAAACCCUUUGUUUCUCCCUCUUAACUCAUCUCUCUUUCUUCCUCUAUUAGUAAAGCUGAGACAGCAGUACUAUCCACCACCAAAGAAAAGAAGAAAAGAGGAAGAAAAACCUCUAAUUUUCACAUGAAAAAACAAAAGAUUCUUCGAUUUUGUUUUUCUUUUCCAAUAGUCACAACACAGUAAUUGUACACUUCCUCCAAUACCACCAUCGUUAAACAAAAAAAAAAAAAAAAGAAAGAUCAUCCAAUGAUACAUUACGAACAAAACAACAACCUUCAGAACCUUCCAUCUUCAUCUUCCAACGAUCUUCUUCUUGGCAUCAAUGGAGCUGACGCAACCCAUAAGAGAAAACGGAGACCCGCAGGGACACCAGGUUCUUAAUAUUUCCUCUUUUACGUUUUGAAUUUUUCUUAUUGUCUACUAGGUUUUCUAUAAUCUUUUUGGAUUAGUUUUCUAUUAAGUUCCAAAAAGUGUUGUUGAUAUUACUCUGUCAAGAUUUCUUUUUCAUUUCUAAUGUUGGGUUGCCAAUAAUUUAGCACAAGAUUUUUUAUUUUUGAGAUUGUUUUUUACCAUAUAAUUUAGAAAAUCAUUUUUUAUCUUCUGUAUCGGAGCUAACAGAUCCAGAUGCAGAGGUGGUAUCUUUGUCACCAAGAACGUUACUAGAAUCAGAUCGGUACGUGUGUGAGAUCUGCAACCAAGGGUUUCAGAGAGAUCAGAAUCUACAGAUGCAUAGAAGACGACAUAAAGUGCCAUGGAAGCUUCUGAAGAGAGACAAGAAGGAUGAGGAAGUGAGGAAGAGAGUCUACGUGUGUCCUGAGCCAACAUGUCUCCACCAUGACCCGUGCCACGCUCUUGGAGAUCUGGUCGGAAUCAAAAAGCACUUCCGCCGUAAACACAGUGUCCACAAGCAAUGGGUUUGCGAGAGAUGCUCCAAAGGCUAUGCAGUUCAAUCUGACUACAAAGCCCAUCUCAAGACCUGCGGUUCACGCGGUCACUCCUGCGACUGUGGCCGCGUUUUCUCCAGGGUUGAGAGUUUCAUAGAGCAUCAAGAUACUUGCACCAUCCGGCAACCUCAACCCACCAACCACCGUCAUCUACAGCAGCACACGAUGGGCCUUGACGCUCCAUCAAGAACCACUUCGACAGCAAGCUUCGGCCCUUUAUUGCAUGGACUUCCUUUGUUAAGACCUCCACGACCGUCCAAUCAACAUUCACCAGCUUUUGCUUACCCUUUCAAUGCUUCAUCAGCUCCUUUCGAAAGCCUCGAACUUCAACUAUCCAUAGGAAUGGCAAGAACAUCAGCACAAGCGAGGCACAACGAAAAGAGAGAGACGAGUUUAACAAAGGAGAGAGCGAACGAGGAGGCAAGGAAGGCAGAGGAAACGAGACAAGAAGCGAAAAGGCAGAUAGAGAUGGCAGAAAAGGAUUUUGAGAAAGCUAAGAGAAUAAGGGAAGAAGCAAAAACCGAGUUGGAGAAGGCUCACGUUGUUAGAGAAGAAGCAAUCAAGAGGAUUAAUGCAACAAUGAUGGAGAUCACUUGCCACUCUUGCAAGCAACUAUUUCAGCUGCCUGUUACGGCUGAUGAGAGUACGUCGUCUCUUGUUAUGAGUUACGUUUCCUCGGCGACAACUGAAGGAGAAUGCGAGUGAUCCAAUGCAUCUUCAUAUAUAUAUCCAUAUGAACAAAAGAAAGCAAAUAAUGAUUUUAAACGAAAUGACGGUAUUUUUUGUGGAUCUGUAUGAGUGAUCAUUUUUUACUAUAUGCAUUGUUUUCUUUUGCCACUGCAUAUUUCAUAUAAUGACUGUAAAUUUUGAGAAUCAUUUGAAUUUCGAUUAUCAUUCUUCUGCUUAGUUUUUUUUUUGUUGUUGUUGUGAUAAUUGAGGAUAUUUCAUUUUAAAUGUUCCUUGAUUUAGCAUUUA